GGGACUUCCGCCGGAAACGGGGUGGUCUGGGAACUCUCAGAGAGGAGCCCCGGCCGGCUUUUUUACCUGCUGGCCCUCCCCGGGUGCUCUCUGGGCGUGGACGCUGUCUGGACACGGGUGAAGAUGGCUUGCGCCGCGGCGCGGUCCCCGGCCGACCAGGACAGGUUCAUUUGUAUUUAUCCUGCUUAUUUAAAUAACAAGAAGACCAUCGCGGAGGGGCGGCGAAUCCCCAUAAGUAAGGCUGUUGAAAAUCCUACAGCUACAGAGAUUCAAGAUGUAUGUGCAGCGGUUGGACUUAAUGUGUUUCUUGAGAAAAAUAAAAUGUACUCUAGAGAAUGGAAUCGUGAUCUUCAGUACAGGGGCAGAGUCCGGGUCCAGCUCAAACAGGAAGAUGGCAGCCUCUGUCUUGUACAGUUCCCAUCACGUAAGUCAGUAAUGUUGUAUGCUGCAGAAAUGAUACCUAAACUGAAAACAAGGACACAAAAAACAGGAGGUGGUGACCAAAGCCUUCAGCAAGGAGAGGGGAGUAAGAAAGGGAAAGGAAAGAAGAAGAAGUGACGCGGUAUGGGAAUCAAGGAUGUGAUACUACUGUAAGAGACGUGAUGAGGCUUCUCAUUUGUAUCUGAGAGAAACAGAAGCUUUUUCUUUGCAUCAUUUAACUGAGCUGUGAACAUUUGUGCCUCCCAGCUUCAACAUCAGAGUUGAUAAUGAAAUAAGUAUACAUCAGAAGUUUGCAUCCAGCUCUCAUGCAGUAUAAAAGAAAUUUUUUCUUUUCUUUUGCCUCUUAAUGCAGUUUUUGUGAAAGAAAGAAGCAUAUUCUUAAAUGGACAGUGGGCUCUACCGUAAGUUACUUGAAAUCCUAUAUCUGUUUGUCCUCUAUGUAAACAUGUUUCAAAUAAAUGAGUUUAAUAAGAUUUGAAAAACAUUUUAUCUUUUAAAUUAGUGAAAUAAAAUUUCAGACUUGA